UAUUUGCAAUGCCAACUUUUAGUCAUCGGUGAAAAAUCAACGUUUCUGCGGCUGUCUGUCGUGUGCAAACGCAGAAGGGAGUUAUCAGUGUUAAAACUAAAGCGUAACAUUUUUCGUCUGUGUUGAAUUUGAGAGACGAUAAGCCUUCAAUUUGGAAGAAGAAUGAAGAAAAAAUCCAGCGCAUUGAAGGCGUUACUUGGCAAGCCGAUGCUUGUCGGCACCACAACAUGCAAUAUAGAAGAUAUCAUAGCAGAAGGUGGAUUUGCUCUGGUGUUUCUGGCCCGCACUCCCUCAGGGCAGAAGGGGGCACUAAAGCGGAUGUUUGUGAACAAUGAGGCUGACCUAGCAGUUGCCAAGAGGGAACUAACCAUUCUCAAGACGCUGUCCGGGCACAAGAACAUAGUGACUCAUCUGGACUCCCACAUCAGAGUGGCCCCUGGAAAGGGAGAUUCGGGUGUGCACGAGGUGCUACUCCUCACAGAGUUUUGUCCAGGUAGUGUAAUUGAGGACAUGAACAGACUGGCGGGCUCACAUGGACACUUCUCGCAGACGGAAGUGCUGCGUGUAUUGUGUGACACAUGCGAAGCACUGAGUAGACUACACCACUGCAAGACACCCAUAAUCCAUCGUGAUGUCAAAGUUGAGAAUGUGCUGUUCAAUGGGCGUCACUACGUGCUGUGUGACUUUGGCAGUGCCACCAACAGAGUAAUGGACCCCUCCGCCCCAGGAGCAAACAUACCAGACAUGGAGGAGGAAAUCAAAAAGUAUACUACGUUGUCCUAUAGGGCUCCCGAAAUGACAGAUUUGUAUGCUGGGAAGAGUAUCUCUAUCAAAGCCGACAUUUGGGCGUUGGGAUGUUUGCUGUACAAGCUAUGCUUCUUCACUCUCCCAUUCGGAGAAUCCAUUCUGGCCAUUCAAUCUUCGAACGUCAUUUUUCCACCUGAUUCGAAAUAUUCGCCUAGAGUUCACCAACUCAUCAAGUACAUGUUGACCGUGGAUCCCUCGCAGCGUCCGGACAUCUUCCAGGUGUCACACGUGGCAUUCGAGAUGGCUAGAAAACCUAAUCCAGUCCAAAAUAUAGAGAAGUCGUCUCUACCGAAAUUGGGAGAUGAGGUGGCUUCAAUGUCAAAUAUGAGAGAAACAAACAUGAAAUCACCAGCAGUUCAGGAAAGGAAAACAUUGACCGAAAAAGCCCGAGAUGUUUCUCACGAUUCUCCAAAUUUUCAAGAAAACGCAACUGUAUCUAAACCGUCUCUUGUGAACGUGACUGCAACUCCCAGUCUUACUCAAGACCAGACAAGUAUAGACAGGCCAAGGUCAAAAGGCCAGUCUUUAGUUUCCACUUCAAACAAUAAUCCUCUACUGGAACUGACUUCACAACAGCCUAAUUCAGCCCCUCACGUAGCUAUUACCGAACAGGCACCGAAUGAUGAAGAGAGAGAUUCCUCUGAUUUGAUGAAUUUCUCGGAAUCGGCUAAAUCAGCAGCGCAUCAACACGUGGCAAAUUUACUCCAAGCAUGCAACCUACAACAACCUAUUUCUCAGUUUCCAACUGGAACUGUUAACAUGGCAGCAGCUGGGAAUUCGCAUAGACGCAAUGUCAGUGUAGGAACACCAUCCGAGAUGAGGUUCUUCUCCAACCUCUCCAGACCUGAUUUAAACAGGAAUGUUGUUCAUCCACCUCACGCUCAGAUGCUGAACCCCUUCGAGGACCAUGGAGACUUUGGACAGGCCAAACCGAUUGACAAAGGAGCUGGAACCCAGGAAGAUGUUUUUGGAUCUGCGCCCUUUUCUCUGGAUCCCACUUCAAACCCCAAUUUCAAACCAGCCUUCGAUUUUCCUUCGACGAGUGGACUAUUGGGAUCUAAUGCAGCUCAACCAAGGCAAGGGUACCCUUUCAAUCGGUCCAGCACAAUCGAAUGUUCGCUCCCACAACAGCAGCUGCACAAGGUGGACUCGGAUACGCCCCCGGCCAAAUGUGCUACUACAACCAAAUGGGCAGAGGAGGGGGAGUGCGGCCUUAUACGUGCACAGCACCAGUCAUGGGAAGACAACAGUCGCCCUUCAGACAUCCCUCAGUGUCAACCAUUUUCCCAUCACAGCCGAUAUUGGGACUCCAAGCAAGGCCACGCGGGGGAGUUAUGGAUAAUGGAAGCAGCAGCCGGAAGACAGACGUCACUCGGUUCUGAUCACACCUUCCGCUCUCACAAUCAAUCAGCAGACACCUUUAUCCUAGAUAAUAAAGAUUACUUUCCUGUAGCUCCUGGUGAUGGCACUGGUAGUAUACUAGACGCUUCUUCUUCCCUAAUAACACAACCUCUGCACCAACAGACAACCCCUCUUUUCGAAGCUGAUUUUUCCUCCCAUUUCGCCGGUCGAAAUGACGAAGAUUUAAACGAUGACGAUUAUGAUGGCAAAUUCAAUGAGAUGGAUUCGGUGGAUGUAUUUGCAGACUUCAAACAAGCAAUGGCAGCAAGGACUAAAGACGAAGGCGACGAGAGUAGUUUCUACUCGACGAGCGAAAAUGAAGGCGAAAGUGAUAACAGUUCGCGUGGAAUGAUAUCGGGAGAUGGGGAGGAGGGAGGUAGUUCGCCUGACAGAAUGAGAGGAGGGUCGAAUGAAGGAAUGGGUGAAGGCGGCGUGAAAAACUCAGAUAUUGACAGCGAUUCUUCUGCCGAGUUUUUUGCAUCUUCUGGAUAUCAUAAACUGGAGAAAAAACUACCAAAAAUCAAACAGAAAUCUAUUGAUGCAUCAGGCAAUGUUGUUAAAGAAGAAAACAGAUCUGAUAGCGACCCUGAGUAUGAUUCAAACGAUGACAGUGAAGAUGAUCUCACUCAUCAAGCGCCGCUCAUUACGUCAUUCAACGAUGACUCGCACUCUAAUUCUGAUCAAUCCGAUCAAGGACCACCCCAUUUUACGGCGUCGGUAGCAGGCUCUAAUCGUUACCCAAUUGUAGUUGUACACAGAGAUACUUUCAACAAUCCUUUUCGCACUAAAAGCUAUAUGAAUCGGGACGAAAGUUUGGAUAUUUUCGGGGAUGCCGCUUUCAAGAAUGCUCCGUUCCCGAGAAUAAACUGGGAAUGUGUUUUUAAUCGAUCUAAUUGUAGUGAGUCUUUUGUGAGUUGUUAUGAUGGACAAUUAUCUGAAGCUGUUGAUGCGAUGAGAGAUCAGGACGUCUUUGCCAAUGCCCCUUGGACUUUCGAAGUUGUACCCAAAUUGGAUUCGAUCGAAAUGGACUUGCAGGGGGAAGAGAUAUUCGAGAAAGCCCCUCUCGGAGCUUUGUCGUUGAUUAUUCCUCUGAUAUCAGAAUUUUAGCCAAAUCAAUGUCACAAUUUUAGUCUACAUAUCGGCGGCACGUUUGGAAGAAGUGAUGUAAUAUAUCGGUUUCUACUCUUUUCAUACCUAAUAAAUUCACACUGUUACAAAUUGUACCCAUUCAUAUCCGUAUGAUAAGCUUCAAAAUUAAAUUAAAAGCAUGCAUCUAAAAUCAACAAUAGUUUGAGAUAUCAACAAUAGUUUCAGCAAUAGUUUUGUUAACAAUAGUUUGAGAUGAUCGAAGCAUGUGAACUGACGUGGGAAAAGAAUGUAAGAAACCGAAAUAUGAAAUGAUUCAUUUAAUUUAUCAAUAAGUUAGUGUUCUAUUCAUUUGCAAAAAAAACAUAGAAAAUUUUAUAAACUGUUUUCUUUUCAAUCA